AUGAAUACAAUCGUCCUCGGUACCCCUCGCCCAAAGGUUACUCAACGUCUAAGGCACAUACACCCCUUUUGCCCGCCUCUUAGAGCCCCUACUGACGCCCCCAGGCCACCCCUCGGCGAAUCCGCUACUGCUGGCAAUCGAGGCCGCAAGCGAGCCCAACAGCUACCUACUACUGGCCAUAAACGCGCUGAAAGGCUCUUUAAAAGAGCCCGAACGGAUACGUCCUCCCCUACAGAUUCCUCCCAAGCCAGCGGUGGUGCCUUCCAACCCAGCGAUGCUACCUCCCAAGACGCGUCUUCCUCCCCUAUCCGUUCUUCAUCACCCUAUUUUAAAGCCUCUCAACGCGUGUUAGAUCCUAAACAUCGUCAAGAAGAAGCUCCUAAACGAGAGGAAGAUACUAUCGAAGACCCUCUAUUACGAGACCUACCACCAGACUUCUUUAACAACGACUCUUUCGACAGCCCACGACCUUCCAACCCACCUUCCAGCCCUUAUUUGGGUCCUACUCAGCCUCCAGCAAGGCUCGCCAGCUACACCGCGCGUCACCCAUAUACCACAGAGCCUACACGGCAUAAUUUAAGUCCCAUAAACCAGAUUUGCGACAGCUACGGCGCGGCGUCAUAA